UGAUUUUUCAAAUUAUUUAAUUAUAGUGAAUAUUGAAUAGUGAACUGUGAUCGUUAUGAUUAAAUCAUGUUGUUUAGAUUUAGGCAAUGCUGAAUAGUUAAUUUAAUCAUAAAUAUUUUUAUAUUAGAAUCAAUUAUUUAUUUACUACUGGUGUCAUCAUGUUUUACAAUAAUUUUUACAAUGUUGAACCAUUCAAAGCCAUUAAUUUGGAGUUCAAAAUGUUUUCAACCGAAGAUAUUACAAAACUGUCUGUAGCACGUAUAGAUUCACUAAUAUCAUUUACUCCUUUGGACGAACCUGUGCUUGGAGGAUUAUACGAUCCUCGUCUCGGACCAUCUCACAUGAAGUCUGGCAAAUGCUUGACUUGUAACCAAAAUUUUGUUUCAUGUUCUGGCCAUUUUGGUCAUAUCGAAUUACCUUGUCCAGUUAUUAAUCCGAUUUAUACUUCGUCCGUUAUUCAUCUAUUAAAAAUAAGCUGUUUGUCAUGCUUUAGAGUUAUGUUGCCACGAGAAUCGACUUUAUUAUUGGCAGCACAGUUAAAACUUCUUGAUAGUGGUCAAAUAAUUGACUGUCAUGAUUUAGCUACUGAGAUAAACGGGUUAAGUGAAGAUGGAGAUAUACAAUUGUCAGAUGAUCAAUUAGAAACAUUCAUUAAUGUAUAUUUAAAAGACCGCAUAACAGACGAUAAUUUAUCUUACACGAAAUGUACAGAAGAUAGCCGACAAACUUUUAUUACUGAAACUCUUAAUCAGGUAAACAAAUUUAAAUUUGAAUUGUUUUUAAUUGAUCAUAUGCAGUAUGAUAAUGUUUAAUAUAGAAUUAUAGAACAUUUCCUAUUGGAUAUUUUUGACAAAGAAUGACAUUUUCUCAAUUUUAUUUUUUUAUACAUUUUAAAUAUUUGUAUAAAUAUCAAUAUUGUAAGUUAAAAAAAAAAUAAUAAUAAAUUUCCAUGUAUCUUUAUAUUUAAAUAUGUUUAAAUAUUAAAUAGAUAAUAAUUACUCAAUAUUAUGAAGAAAAAAAAAGAUUAUAAAUAAAUAUAAGUAAAACAAAAUAGGUUGUUAUUUCUAUAUAAAAAUGAUAUAUUUUGUAAAGAAAUCAUUAAAUAAUACUAUUUUUUUAAAUUAAGUUUUUUUUUUUUGUAAAUUUUUACUACUUAAUUUGAUUUUUAAAGUGCUCUGAUAAACGUCUAAAUAUUUUGAUGCUAAGUUCUCAAAUUUUUAAGGGCCUCUUUCUCCUAUGUUAAUAAAGACAUUACCAUUUACCUUUUAUUUUUUUAAAUCAAGUUUACGGUUUAUAACUGACCAUAAUUAGUCGUUUAUUUUAUAAUCUCUAUUUCAAAUAUAACAUUUACAUAGAUGAGAGUGAAAUCUAAAUUUAUUACUGAUACAUUCAAUAAUUUUUUUUUCUACUUAUGAUUUUUAUCGUGUUUUUCUUAGUACAUUCCAUAAAUAAGAAGUAAAUAUUGGUGAAGAACACUGUAAUGCAAAACCGUUUGAUUUUAUACUAGUUCUCUUGUAAGAUUCAUUGACAUAUAUUAUUUAUAUAUUCUAUUAAAGUACAACAAUAAUUGUUUGAUAUCUUAAUCUUUGAUGUCAUUUGAUAAAUCAUACAACAUUAAGAUACUUAAAAAGUUUAAUGACACUGCCGUGAAUACCAUGAGACAUAUACAUACAAAAUCAACACUAAUUUUCAUUGGUAAUUAGUUUUUAUAAUUUGAAUAUUUAUUAUUAUACUGAUUAUAUUGAUAUUGGAGAUAUUAUAAAAUAAAUUUUUUUCAUAGAAUUUAACUGGAAAUUAACAAAAAUUAAAAGAAUCUUACUUACCUAAAUAUUAUAAAUAAUUUUGUAUGAGUUUCGGUGCCUCCGAAAAGUGCUUGCGGUGCCCUUAAUGCACCGCACUGCACAGUUAGGGAAUUCAUAGUUUAGAAAAUUUGAAUUAUAUUUUAAACGUUUUUACAUAAAUUUUAACCAUUGAACUACUACUAAAUGUAAUACAACUUUGAACAGUUAAAUGAUUUCAAUCAAGUCAUAUAAGAACUUUAUCUUAUUAAUCUGUGCAAUUGAUGGGUGUUUUGAACACUAUUAUAGAUUUCAAUGUUACAUAUAAUAUUAAUAAUAUAUAUUAAUUAUACUAUAAUAGUACUAUAACAUUGCAAUGGGUUUUUGUAAAAUAUUUUGAUAUAUUUAUGAAAAUAUUAGACAAUUACAAAAUUAAAAAAAAGAAUUGGAGAAAAUGAAUGAAGUAAAAAAUGUAUAUGGAAAAAAUGUCCUACUAGGUUGAAAAUAUUCAGGGAGUAGGGAAUUAUGUUAACCAAUAUUAUUAAUAUUUUUAAUUAUAUUUUAUUCUUGAUGUAGGUGAUUCGGCAAGCUUCUUGUGGUUAUUGCAAUGAAUUACUUUCAACAGUUUCAAAAUCAUAUUCAAAAAUUUGUAUUGCCAAACCAAGUAAUAAAAAAACAGAAAAAAAAUUAAAGGAAUAUUUGUUCCCAUUGGAUAUAAAAAAUCUAAUGAGAGAGCUGUGGAAAAAUGAAAAAAAAUUUAUAUGUGCUUUAAUACCAGCCUUAGCUGGUUUAAACAUAGAAUAUCCAACAGAUGUUUGUUUUAUGUCUGCAGUACUUGUAACUCCAUCAAAUCUUCGUCCAAAUGUUAUGGUCAAAGGAAAAAUAGUAGAGAGUCCAAGAAAUGUUGCGUAUAAGUCUAUUUUACAAGAAAUUAAGCUUAUACAAUAUAUACAGUUACUACAAAAAAAAAAUGAUGAACAAAUUUCAGAUGAAAUCAUGGAACUUGUCAAAUAUAGUCAAGGAGAAGACAAUAUUGAAAAAAUGCAAAUUUGUAUGCAUAACUUACAAAUGUGUGUUGAUGCUCUUUUAGAUGGAACUACUUUUAAAUCCCAUAGUAGUAAUAAAGAAACAACACUUCGAAUUGGUUUGAAACAGUUAUUGGAAAAAAAAUCUGGUAUUAUUCGUCAAAAUAUGAUGGGAAAACGUGUUGAUUACUUUGCACGUUCUGUUAUUACACCUGAUCCAUAUUUAGCAACUGAUGAAAUUGGUAUACCAGUUGAAUUUGCAAAAAAAUUAACUUACCCUGUAGCUGUUACUGACUGGAAUAAUAAAGGAUUACAUGGCAUUGUAUUAAAUGGCCCGAAUCAUUAUCCAGGUGCAAAUAUGAUUGAAACAGAUGUAGGAACUGUAAAGUGGUUGUCUCCUACAAAUAAGUCACGUAGAGAAGCUUUAUCAAAAACCCUCUUCCAUAGAGGGUCUAACUCUAGAGGUCCUCAAAUUGUUCACAGACAUGUUAUUGAUGGAGAUUUGAUGCUUGUUAACCGACAACCCUCUUUACAUAAACCUAGCAUCAUGGCACACAGAGUAAAGGUUUUGAAAGGAGAAAAAACAUUGAGAUUACAUUAUGCAAACUGCAAAGCAUAUAAUGCUGAUUUUGAUGGUGAUGAAAUGAAUGUUCAUUUACCUCAAAGUGAAUUGGCAAAAUGUGAAGCUAAGGAAUUGGCAAGUGCUGUUAACCAAUAUUUGGUACCUCGUGACGGUACUCCUUUAAGUGGACUUAUUCAAGAUCAUAUAAUUUCAAGUGUAAGAAUGACAAUUAGAGGUCGUUUCUUUACCAGAAGAGAGUAUAUGCAUUUUGUUUAUCAAGCAUUAUGUUCAUUUGAUCUUGACAUCAAGACUGUGCCCCCAGCUAUCUUUAAACCUGUAAUGUUAUGGUCUGGUAAACAAAUUAUAUCAACAUUAAUUAUCAAUUUGACUCCGCAUAGCUGUAAAUCAUUCAUAAAUCUAAUGUCUAAAUCUAAACUCGAAUCGAAAUUUUGGAACAAUCCAAACAAUUACAAGUACCCAGAUUUAUUAUCAGAAUUUAAUUUUAUAAUACGGAAUGGUGAUUUAUUAUCCGGAAUUCUUGACAAAAAUCAUAUAGGAGCUUCUACUUAUAGUUUAAUACAUUGUUUUUAUGAGUUAUAUGGUGGACAAUACUCUGCAAAGUUAUUAAGUGCAUUUAGUAAAUUAUUUACUGUCUAUCUACAAUUUGAUGCCUUCACUCUAGGUGUAGAAGACAUAUUAGUGACUGAAAAAGCGGAUUAUCAACGGCAAACUGCUAUUAUUGAGUCUAACAAUGCUGGUCCUUUAGCUGCUUUGGAAUCUUUAGAUAUUGAAUAUAUAAGUGAAGAAGUGACUACAAAAAAGUUAGCAGAAUCUUAUAGUAAAAGUAAUCAUUUUUCUGCACUAGUCGAUAGAAAUUAUAAAAAACAUCUACAACCGUUUACGAAUAAAAUUUCUAAAGCAUGUAUUCCCAAAGGAUUACUUCAACCAUUCCCUAGUAAUAAUUUACAACUUAUGGUUCAAUCUGGAGCUAAAGGAUCUACUGUAAACACUAUACAGAUAUCUUGUUGUUUAGGACAAAUUGAGUUAGAAGGCAAACGACCCCCUAUGAUGAUUUCCGGUAGGACUUUACCAAGUUUUCCACCAUUUGAUACACUUCCUAAAGCUGGAGGAUUUAUUGGAAGUAGAUUUAUGACUGGUAUUCAACCACAAGAAUUCUUUUUUCAUUGUAUGGCUGGGCGUGAAGGUCUUAUUGAUACCGCUGUUAAAACUAGUAGAAGUGGUUAUUUACAACGUUGUUUGGUUAAACAUCUUGAAAGUCUUAUUGUCAAUUAUGAUAUGACUGUUAGAGAUAGUAAUGGUAGUAUUAUACAAUAUUUAUACGGUGAAGAUGGUUUAGAAGUGACCAAAAGCAGUUUUUUUAAUGAAAAACAAUUCGGUUUCUUAGCUGAUAAUAUAGAUUCUUUUAAAGCUCUUAGAAAAAUAAGAAAUGAUGAGUGUUAUAAGGAAAUUGACAAAAAGCUUGAAGAGAUAAAGUCUGCAGUGAGGAAAAAUGAAAGUUCAAGUAAUGAAAUCACAAGAGAAAAUGAAUUCCUUCAUUGGUGUAGACAAAAUGUUAAUAAUGUAAGAAAGUCUAAGAAAAUCAAAAAUGGUCGGUAUGUAAGAGACAUAAAAAUGUGCAAAAAAUGGUAUGAAAUUGAUGACAAAAUGAAAGAAUUGUAAGUAACUACAUACUAAAAUUAUAAUUAUUUUUAUUGAACAAAACUAUUUAUCUCUAUUUGUACGUAAAAAAUAUAUCAGACUUUAAGAUAAUUUCAAAAACUAAAUCUUGUUUAUUAUGUAUACACACAACAUAUCUAAGAAUAGUAAAAUAAUUGUAUGUAUAUAAAAUAAAUCUGUAUAUAUUAAUAAUAUAACUUGUACAAAUAAAUAAAUAAAUCAUUAUUUUUAUUUUUAAAAUAUGUUAUAGAAAGUAAAUUAAAUAUUUUGUAGAAUGAGAUCCAAAAUUAUUACUAAAAAAACUUUUAUUCCAAUAUAGUUACACUGAAAAAUUAAGCAGUCUUCCUGAUCCAAUUGGUGCAGCUUUUCAUCCUGGAGGACACUAUGGUUUAAUAUCAGAAAAAAUGGACCUCUCUAUUGAUAAUUACUUUAAAACUAAGUACAUAUAAAAUACUUUUAUACAUUUAUCAUGUUCAAUGUGUUUUAACUUUUAAUAUUUUUUGAAUAUUCUGUGUCCUUUAGUAAUCAUGGUUUGAGCAAAGAAGAUCAACAAACUGCUAGAGAAUUAAUACGUCUUAAAGCUAUGGCAGCAACUGCAGUAGCCGGUGAACCAGUAGGUUGUAUUGCUGCCCAAUCUGUAGGUGAACCAUCUACACAGAUGACAUUAAAUACUUUUCACUUUGCUGGUCGUGGUGAGAUGAAUGUUACCCUAGGUAUUCCUAGAUUGCGUGAGAUAUUAAUGAUGGCUACAAAAACUAUUAAAACUCCUUCAAUGGAAAUACCAUUUAUUCAAUCUAAAAAGUGAUUAUUAACUUUAUUAUAAUUUAUUAGUGUAGUUAAAUAAUUUAAAUAUUUUAUCUAAAUGUUUAGUGUUCAAAAAAAUGCAGAGAAUUUACGGAAACUUAUGACUAAAAUAACAUUGAAAGAUGUUUUAUCUAAAGUUCAAGUGCGAGAACGAGUAAAAUUAAAGCCAGUUAGGCAUAUGCGUUAUGAUUUAACGUUGCAUUUUUUACCACAUCGUUGCUAUGAUUCUAUAACUCAUUUAACACCAAAAGCAGUUAUGAAAUUUAUUAAAUUCCAAUUCACGGACUAUCUAAAAAAAAUGUUUUCAAAGAAUUUAUCAAAGAAUUUUAGUGGAGAAUUAAUUUCCGAACAAGCUAAAAAAGCAAUUAAAUUAAAUAGAGAAAAAGAUAACAUUGAUGAAAAUAAAUUAUUAGUAAGUAUAUUAUAUUUCUUAUAAUCUCUUGCUUUAUCUUGAGUUAUUUCAAGCCAUGGCUUUUAAAAUUAGUAUGAAAUUCUGGAAUUUUAAUUUUAAACUUGACCCUGUAUUAAAAACUCCAAAUUGUAUUAUAUGAUUACACGCACACGCACAUGGUCAUUUUAACCAAAUAUAUAUUAUAAUAUAUUCAAUUUUCAUAUAUACACAUUUUUACUUUACCUAUUAUUUUUUAUUGUUACACUGUUAAUUUAAAUAGUAACAUGCAUUUAAAUUUUAAUAAAUAAAAAAAAAAAAAAAUUAAUUAUUAUUUAUAUUGUAUAGAUAAUAAUACUAUUGUACUAUGAUUCUUAUAAUAAAUAACUUGAUAACAUAUCCCAUAUUUUUCAUCUACUGUACAACAAUAUAGUAACACGUAGCCUAUAGGCAAUGUCGCUGUAGGGUUUUAUGAGUUUUUAUUUUUUUUUAUUAAUUUUAACGGGACAAGCCCUUUACAUAAGAUAUAAUACUUUAUAGAACAAACUAUAGAAAUACUAUCACUAUUACACGCUCUACAGCUGAAUAGAUAAUUAAAUAUAUUAUUUGCAUCUUGCUAUAAUAAUUAAAAAUAUUAUUUAGCACAUUGAUGAAUAUUACUCCUAUAGCAGUAAUAUGUAAAAUGUCAUAUUACGUCACUACUGAUGAAGCAGUAAUCUUUUCAAUGGUAUCAAAUCAUAGAAGAUAGUAGACUGCCAUAUUACAGCAUUCUAUACUGACAAUUUACUUAGAUUUUGGAUGUAGGCUUAGCAUUACUAAUAUAACAGUAAAAAUUAUAUUACAAGUGUCAUUCAAUGUGUUAAAAAUGUUAACUACAGUAAGUUCUAAUUACAUUAAGUUACAGUUAAAAUAUUUUAUGAGUUAUGUGUCCAAAUAAAAUAACCAGGUCAUUUAGACAAGUGUGCGUGUAUGCAAUGUUAAAGCCUUAUUUUCAUAAAUAUUAAUUAUUCAAAUUUUGAAAAUAUAUAUUAUUAUUUUAUUACGUAAUUAAUAUUAUAAACACUUUAACUUUUUAUCAUGAUCAUACAUUCUAAGGGUAAGUCAUUUUUUAUCGAAAUCAGUAUUAAAUUUAAAAAAAUGUAUAUCCUGGAAAAAACAAGGAAUAGACAGGAAAAACUCUAAAUUUAAUUUUGUGGCAACUAUAUAUUUUCUUUAAAAUUUAAUUUUCUUGGUUCUUUAUCAAUCUACAUUUAUUUAUUUAUUUUUCAUUUCCAUUCUAACCUGUACCUUUACUUAUCUACUGAUUGUAUUUCCAAAAUAAAGUCAUUACGGUUUUAUCUGCAUAUUCAGUCUACACCUUUUAAAUAUCUCUCUUGACUUAUAUUAUUUCCUAAUAUUUCUCUUUUCUCUAUAUACUCUUACACUUAUGAUACCUAGUUUAUCUUCAGUUUUGUAGCUCCUUGUAAUUUGUUGAUACUUAUGCAUUGUUCAUUUUUGAUACUUGUUUAUAAUAUUCCUAAGUCUUGGUUUUAAUUUAAUUUAUUUUGUAACUGAUUAUUUUUCCAUUUUUUUUAACCAACCUUUGCAUAUUGUUCCCACUAAUCUCUUCCUAACAAUGCUUAUUCACACAUCGUAUUAUAAUGUAUUUUUGAACAGCUUGUACUAAAUAAAUUGUUUUUAUCCCAGUGUAUUGACUGUUAGGCCAUUUGGUGUAAGCAUGAAAAAUCAAAUUAUUCAGAAGAGCCCAAAAUCCAUCUAUGUAUGUUUUAACUUGUUCUAAAUUUAUUAACUAUAAUUUUUAAAAAUCGUAAAUAUUAUGGUCUUUCAAAACAAUUUAGGGUGCCGAUUAUUAUUUAAGUUAAAAGAAUUUAAGUAGUGCUGACUUGAAAUUUGUUUCAAUACAACUAAAAUUAAAUUUUUUAAAGUUUGAGUUUGAUUUAACAUAUUUAACAGGUAUCAAUUUAAGCUCAGAGUUUUUCGAAAAGUGUAAAAUAUCUAUUUUUGGCAUAUCCUUUAGAUUUUAUAGGCUAUUAAAGCCUUUUUCUGCUUUUCUGAUUCAUAACAAUAUUAUCUGCAUUUUCAAUCCGUUUCUUCCACAUGAUUUAAAUCUUUCUUUAACCAUUCUAGUUAUCGGUUGGUUUUCCUCUGGGGCAUAUUUUAUUUAAUUUAGAGACUAGUACUUGCCUCAAUAGUCUGUCUUUAUCUCGCCAAAUAUGUCCGGCCCAUUCCAGUUUUUUUGAGACAAAACAUUUUUGGAUAUUUGGCCCAUUAAAGAUUUUUUCAAUAUCUGCAUUUGUUUUUCUUUUAUAUUACCCUGUCUCCGUACUGUAUCCCAUCUAUCACCCCCAAGUCAUAUAUUCUUCUGAGAACUUUCCAUUUAAAGACUAGUAAUUUUGUUUUAUACUUUUUUGUUGUUGACCAAAUCUCACAACAAUAAAUUAAUAUAGGCCAUAGAUAUGAGAUAUAAAGCUUCCUUUUGGUUUCUUUUGAGAGAAGCUUAGAUCUAAAUAUUUUGUUCGUUGAAUAUUAUUCUCGAUUUACUGUAUCCAACCUUCACUUAUUUCGUUAUGCAUGUCAUUUCUGUUAUUUAGAUUGACCCCCAAAUAUUUCAGAUUUACUACUUGUUCAAAUGUAUAUUCAUGUACAGAUAAAUUCUGUAAAAUGCUUGGGGGUCUGCUCAUGGUUAUACACUUUGUAAUAAAUAAUACAUAAUACCUACAAUACUACAAUAAUAGUUAUACCUAUACUAUUUGUUUGUAUUUUAAUAAUUUAAGAGGAUAAUUGUAAAAACUAAAACCAAGAAUUUUCAAAAAAAUAUGAACACUGAGCAUAAUAUAUAUAUUUUUCUUUAUUUAACAAAAAUAGUUAACUUAAUGUCAAAAUAUAAUGGUACUUUUAUUGGUAGUUUCUAGAUCCACAAUUAUGAGUAUAAAAUUUUUUCGUAAAUUUAAUAAUUGACCCGGUAUAAGCCAAAAUCUACAAUUUUACUCUUUUUUAUAGAGCUUUGGGCUUAAGUCGGCACCUGUUUAUAUUAAUAUAUUUAUCAAGCUUAAAAUUUAGUAGACUUAUAUAUAGGUGGAUUGAAACAAAUUUCUAGCCAGUACUCUUCAAACUUUGAAUAAAAAUAUUUUUACUAUAUAAAAAAGAAACCCGAUAAUAAUUAAAACAUUAUCAAAACACUUGGCCGUAAUCAACAAUAUCAUUGUCAGGUAAAAACAAAACAGUCAUUAGUAAAAUUAAACAAACAAUGUAGCUUACAUCAAAUAGUCUAUUAACAAUCAAUAUAUUAUAAUUAUUAAUAUUACUCAUAAAUUAUGAAUUUUAGAUGUUUUUGUACAUUUUGACAUUUUAAUUGAACAUAUUUUUUUUUUUUAUGUAUUCGUUGCACACAAACCUGGUCUUAGCUUAUAAUCUUUAUGACUAUUAUUAUUUGAAAUUAUAUUUCAGGAUGAAAGUGAACCCCAAGAUAUACCUAAAACAAAUAAUGCAAUCGAUUCAGAUAGUGACUCAGAGGCCGGAGAAUUUGAUUCAGCAGCUAUGAAAAGAAAGUAUGUUUUUAAAUAUGUAUUUUCAAAAUAUGGUAGUGAAAUAAAUAAUUGAUUAUAAUAUUUCUAGAGCUCAAACAGAAGAAUAUGAUUACGAAAAAGAUGAAGAUGAUCCACAAAGUGAUGGAGAAAUUGAAAUUAAUGAAAAACAAAGUGAAUGUAAUAACUCAGUUAUUCUAGAAAGUCAAACUAAAGAUAUUGAUGAUGAGUCAAUAAUGGAUCCAUCAAAUAAUAAUAUUAACCAAACUGAUCUGAAUGAGGAGGUUAUAAAAAAAGAUUAUUCGGGAAUUGUAGUUCAAGUUAUUGAGUAAGAUCCAAUGUAUAGUUCAUAAAACAAUAAGUACUAUUUGUUUUUAUUUCUUACAGACAUGACAAGAAAUUUGCAUAUGCUAAAAUUAGUGUAACUAUACCUUUAGAUUACAAAAGAAUUGAUUUAACAGCUUUAAUUAAAGAUUUGGUGGAUCGAGUAAUAAUUCACGAAAUACCUGGUAUCAAUAGAGCAAUUUUAACUGAAGAAGACAAUAAAAUAAUAUUGAAAACUGAGGGUUCACGUGGUGUAGCAGAAUUGUUUAAGUUCUCCGAUAGUUUAGAUUUAAAUUUGUUGUACUGUAAUGAUAUACAAAUGAUGUUGAAUACUUAUGGUAUAGAAGCAGCAAACAGGGUUAUUAUUAAAGAAAUUAAGAAUGUAUUCAAGGUUAGAAUAGCUUAUUACAAUAAUCAAUCAAAUUUCAUAUUAAUUGUAUAUCAUUUUGAAUUUAGGUUUAUGGUAUUAAUGUAAAUCCACGACAUUUAUCAUUAAUAGCUGAUUAUAUGACCUACGAUGGUAAAUUCAAGCCAUUAAAUAGACUUGGUAUGAAUGGCUGUCCAUCUCCAUUGCAACAAAUGUCAUUUGAAUCCACUCUAAAUUAUUUAAAGAAAUCUACAUUACGAGGAUUAAAGGAUAAUUUGAUGUCUCCAUCAAGUGCUCUUAUCGUUGGUCAACAAGCUCGAAUUGGCAGUGGACUUGUAAAAUUGUUAUGGCAAUAAAAUUAUGUGCCACUGUGUAAUGAAAUUCUUAAUUUUG